AUGUCUGGCUUCACGGCACUUAACGGCUCCUCGCCAAAAGUAACAACCAAACCCGUCGCAUCUGCUCCCAGCGCAGACGUUCCCAAUGGCAACGUCGACGAGCAAGUCAAUGCACCAGCCCCGACUUCCGCACCGGCUGUAGAAGCUGUUCCAACUGCAGCCUCGCCACCAGCACCAGCACCAGCACCAGCACCUGCUGAGGCUCCGUUUCCCGACGCUGUUCAGCCGCCCGCUGAACCACCAGCUCCCGUUCAGGCUCCUGCUGUUGAUGCUGCACCCGCCGCUGCGCAGGGUCCCGCCGAUCAAUCACCUAACCAGCGUGAGAGCUGGCCAACCCAAGGUCUGGAUCGCACCCCCUCUGCACCAGCCUCGGGCGAAAAUGACUCUCCCAACAAACGCAAGAGGUCCGAUUCGCACGAGGGCCGGACUCAGCUCCCUACUCAACCCGCCAAACGUACUCAUAAGUCGUCCGAGCGCACGCAAGAGCUCACUCCGGAGACUGGGACCGUCGUCUCGCACCAGCAGCCCAAUGGCAACCACAACCAAGCCGAGCCUCAGCACGCAGAGGCACAGGUAUCGGCGCCUCAGCAGCAAGCUCCUGCCUCUGUUCCAAUCCAAGCUCCCGCCGAGCAGCAGCUUGUUCAACGUCAACCUGCUGCGCAAGUCGAAUAUGCCCCUACUACACCCCAGAACAACAACCAGGCUGUCGUUCAAUACCAGACGCCGUCUUACACGGAACCGCACUCCGGCGCUGUUGUGCAACAUGACCCUAAGAAGCGGAAGCGAAAUUUUAGUAACCGAACCAAGACUGGUUGCUUGACAUGCCGAAGAAGGAAGAAGAAGUGCGACGAAGCCAAGCCAGAAUGCAACAACUGUAUCAAAGGUGCAUUUGUUUGUGCCGGCUACCCGCCCCAGCGAGGCGCAGGCUGGCCCAAGAUGAUCGAAAACAAGCCAGGAGGCGUGCCCCUAGAAUCAAAGGAUCCCAGCUACGUGCCACCAGGUGCCUACGGCAUGCCGGCUUCGCCCUACACGUCUUCUCAAGCUGCUAAUAACGGCCAACCGAGCGGACCGAAGCGCGAACCCCUGCCUCAGUACCGCGGCCAGAACCUUCGCAUUGAGCCACCAAAAGGAGCCGACGGCCCAUCCGGCAGUCCUGAACACAAGCACCCGCCGGGUCCCUACACGCCUGGAACCAACCCGUACCCCACUCCGCGACACCAUGAUGGUCACGCACCUCCGGUAUCAAGCGCCCAGAUGGCUGCCCAGAUGGCACUCUCGCACGCCCAGGCACAGCCUCACAACUUGGCCGUUGUACCCUAUGACCAGAGACGCCCUACUCAGAAGGAGGAAAUGCUCCAAGGAGGCUACUUUUAUCAGUAUGAUUCGGAACUGAGUCUGGAGCGCGACCGUGCGGCCACGGCCUGCUGGCGGUUCAACACGCUUACCUAUCCUCCCACCAACGGCGUCUCCACCGAAGAGCGUGCUCGUCUGUUUCUUGAAAUCAUGCAGCCGCGCGAAUCGUCUUCAUUUCCCGUUGAAGAGGCCUCGGUCCGCAGUAAUGUUGGCCGUGUAGGACGUCACGUCGCUGUCGAGUCUCCUUUUCACUGUGACUACGGCUACAACAUUAGCAUCGGUAACAAUGUCUCUAUCGGAAAGGGCUGCACGAUGAAUGAUGCGGGCAAGGUUCAGAUUGGUGACAACUGCAUCAUUGGUCCCAACGUCAGCAUGUACACCAUUGAGCUGUCUACGGAUCCCAAGCACCGCCAGGGUGGCCACGGUGCUCAACUAGGCAAAGGCAUCAUCAUCGACUCGGACUGCUGGAUCGGCGGUGGUGUCAUUAUCAUGCCCGGCAAGGUUAUCGGAAAGGGUUCUACAGUCGGCGCAGGCUCGGUGGUCACAAAGGACGUGCCCCCUUUUACCGUCGUCGCUGGUAACCCUGCGCGUGUUUUACGUGGUGUCGCUUCCCUAUAA